UCAGAUUCAACAAAAUCUUAGGGCAAUUUUAAUUGCACAGAUUUUGGAAAAACUAUUAAAAAGUGUCAGUUACUAGUUAAUUGUUCAAAGGCGAACUUAAAAGAAUCGGAGGGAGUUUUAAUGUUAGUGAAAUUUGGGGAAUAAUCAUUUUGAUCUUCCAAAAUAAGGUAAAUAAUCAAAUUAUAUUUGAUGUGCUGUUCCGUGAUCGAUAUGGAGGAGGCGACUGAAGCGUCGUCCAGGACCACGACACCAGACAUCGUUUCGCGUGAGGUCACGCCGUCAAAUGCGGCGCACGGAACACUAGGACAACCAAACCCAGCUGCACCAGGAAAGAUCACUAGCAGGAAUGCAAAUAGUACAACUAUUUUAACUUCAAUACCAAACAACGAAGCAGAGUUGCAAUUGUACCGAGUCAUGCAAAGGGCUAGCUUACUAGCCUACUAUGACACGCUUCUGGAAAUGGGUGGGGAUGAUUUACAACAGCUGUGUGAUGCGGGGGAAGAAGAAUUUUUAGAAAUUAUGGCUUUAGUUGGUAUGGCCAGUAAGCCUUUGCAUGUUAGAAGAUUACAAAAGGCGCUUCAUGAGUGGGUUCAAAAUCCUGAACUUUUUCGAAGACCUCUUACCGCCAGUGAGUUGCUCGCACCUACCAGCAGCAAUCGAUCACAUAUCGUCACAGGUAAUAUUACACCAGUGACAACGCCGCCGAUUGCGCAGCAUGCUUUGACGCCGGAAAAUUUAAGAGGAGCAGCCGAUAGCCCGGACAGUGCCGGUACCAGGUACCAGGCUCUAUCUCCAGGUAUUGCUGCCCAUGAUAUCGUAUCUUCGGCAUCAUCUUCAUCACCAGCAACCAUAAGUAGCUGCCAAUUAGCAUCAGGAGCAUUGUUGACCUCACUGGUAAUGACUCGUCUGGCUUCAGCGGCAGAGAGCUUAGCUAGACAUUUACCGCCCUUAGAACCGAGACCGCCGAACAACAAGAAGCGUGUUUGUAGGGAACUCGAACGCAUCAUGGAUAUGCCAGACGAUGACCCGCUAAAAAUGCAGCUUGUCCGCCAAUACGCGGCGAUCUACGGUCGUUUUGAUUGCAAACGCCGACCAGAGAGACCUCUGACUCUGCACGAAGCUUGCGUCAAUGAGGCUGCUGCACAAUUAUGCAGGAGGGCACCAGCUUUAUUGACGAGGAGAGAUGAACUGUUUCCUUUAGCCAGAAAAUUGGUGAGGGAUGCAAAUGUCGGAGUUGGUUUGGUGGCGUUCAGAAUCUCCUUUAGAUCAACAGCAAACAACCACGAUGCGAGCAUGCGUUCGCCUUCGGCUAAACGACCUCGAUCAAAUAGCGAUUUGAUGUCGCCUGGGUCGCCUGCCAUGUCACCAGGCCGGCACCAACCGCCCGCCCGUAACCUCCUGCAGAAUACUAAUGACGAUCAUGAGCUUCCAAUGGCUACUGAUUUAACACAGUUGAUACUUCCACAGCGAGCAUGCUCUGACAACAUGAAAACAAAUCAUACUGUAAAUGAAUUUUAAAGGUACUGCAGCACGAGGGCGACUGAUUCUGAAGAUACAGAUUCUAGAUAUUCUUACAGCAAUUCGAGCUCACCUCAUCAGAAUGAUAAUGACAUGAUUCAAAAUUCCAAACUCCAAUAA